UGUUUUACAUUACAUCUAUCUUUAUUAUUAUAUCUAUUAUUUUUACAUGUUUAUGCAGAUAGCCAAAUAGCCCUGUGUGAUAUACGUACAUGUUUAAUUUAGCGCUUACCAUUGCCCAAUACGCACACGUGCAUUAGAUUACGCGAAUUCUGUGAAUAUGCGUAUGCAUACAAUCUAUGGGAGGUGGGAAUGAAGAUGGGGCCAACGUUUAUAUUCACUUAUUAAAAAGUUAUAUGAUUAGGUGCAUUAAACACACUAUAUUAUAGCGUAGUACGUUGUUUUGCAUCGAUGCGCACGCAACGGAUCAUCAUAUUAAAAAAAUAUGACGGGUAAAAAAAAAUCUAAACAAUUUCGGAAGAAAUUGAUAACAAAAUCAAAACCAAAAAAUAAAUUUAACUAUAGAUCAGCAGUUUAUAUUAAAGAAAGAGAAAUAAAGAAUAAGGAAAUAGAAAAUCGCAGAAAAAGAAUUGAAGAGUAUAAAAGAAAACAAGAAGAUUACGAUGAUAGUUCGGAAGAAGAAAAUCCUUUGAAUGAUCUUUUAAAAACAUUUAAUGUUAAAAAUGAUAUUCAGAUAAUUGAUUCUGAUUCUGAAAGUAAAACAGAUGAUGAAGAAUUUAUACAAGAAGAUAUAAAUAAAAAAGAAAUUGAAAUAGGUGACGAAUAUGAGGAUAGUAUAAAUAGCAAUAAUGAAUCAGAUACAGAAGUGAGCGAUCAAGAUAAAUUUAAAGCAGCUGAUAACAAGCCCUUGGAUAGUGAAGAAAUUUAUAUGCAUAUAGAUGAAAAAAAUGAAGAAGAUGAAGAAACAGUUAAGGAAUAUGCUGGUAAUGUAAAUGAUCCAUUUACAAUACAUUUUCAAAAUGAUCUUGAUAAUGAACUUUAUCAAGUUGUGAGUAGUUUACCAGUUUAUGUAAAAAUGGGAAAUUUAAAUUGGCCAAAUUUAGGAAAUAUUAUUUAUCAGAUACCUAAAGUAGAUGAAAUAUUAAACGAGCCACUUAAUAAAAAAUCAAGAAAUUCAAUAUUAGAGAAUAAAUCUUAUGCAAAAUAUGGCAAAGUACCUAGUUUAAUUAAUAAAAUAGAUUGGAAUAAAUUAUAUAUAAAAUCUUUAAUUCAAGGUAAUAUCAGUAAAGCUAAUUAUAAUCAUAUUAAAGACAAUUUACAUAAAAAUUCAAGCCCAUUAACCAAUUUUCAAAAGGAACUAUUGUCAAUUAUAAAUAAUUAUCAAGAUUUAUUAUAUUUUGGAAGAACUUUUAAUAAUGAAUCACAGAUAAGGUUUGUAUAUUGUUUACAUAUAAUUAAUCAUGUUUUAAAAACUAGAACAAAAGUACUUCAUCAUAAUGCAAAAAUUAAAAAAGCAAAAUUAAUGAGUGUAAGUGAUAUACCUGAAGAAUAUAGGGAUCAAGGAUUAGUUAGGCCAAAAAUUUUAAUUCUGGUACCUUUUAGAUAUUCUUGUUUAAAAAUAGUUGAAUUGCUUAUUUCAAUUUUUAUUGUUGAAGAAAAAGGAGAGUCUGUAAUAAACAAAAAUAGAUUUAUGAAAGAUUUUGGAAGUAAUGAAAUUAUAAUGCCUAAAAAAAAUCCAAAACCAGAGGAUUAUGAGCAAACAUUUACAGGAAAUAUUGAUGAUACAUUUAAAAUUGGUAUAUCCAUCACAAAAAAAGCUUUGAAAUUAUACUCAGAUUUUUAUUCCUCUGAUAUAAUAAUUGCAUCAGUAUUGGGAAUGAGAAUGACAAUUGGAGCAGAAGGAGAGGAAGAAAGGGAUUAUGAUUUUCUUGCAUCUAUCGAACUUUUAAUUAUUGAUCAAAUAGAGUUGUUUUUAAUGCAAAACUGGGAUCACCUCCUUCAUAUUUUUAAUCAUUUACAUUUGCAGCCAAAAAAAGCUCAUGAUACAGAUUUUUCACGAGUACGUAGUUGGUGUAUUAAUGGAUGGAGUAAAUAUUAUAGACAGACAUUAAUUUUUUCUGCAGUACAAUUACCUGAAAUUCAUGGUAUUUUUAAUAAAUUCUGCUAUAAUUAUGCAGGAAAAUUGAAAGUAAUGAAUCCUAUAUCAACAGGUUCUAUUGUUCAAGUUGUUGUUCAAGUUCCACAAGUUUUUCAAAGAUUUAAUGUUAGUGAUCAUACAAAAUUUAUUGAAGCAAGAUUUGAAUUUUUUACUACAAAAGUCUUAUCACAAUUUAAAGAUAGUAUAAUGAAUCAUACAUUAAUUUUCGUACCAUCAUAUUUUGAUUAUGUGAAACUCCGAAAUUAUUUUAGAAAAGAAGAAAUCAGUUUUGUACAAAUUUGUGAGUAUUCGCGACUUGCAAAAAUUGCAAGAGCCAGAGAUAUGUUCUUUCAUAGCGAUGCUCAUUUUCUUUUAUAUACAGAACGUUUCCAUUUUUUUCGCAGAAUAAGGAUUAAAGGAAUUAGACAUAUUAUUUUUUAUGCACCUCCUGUAUUUUCUCAUUUUUACAGUGAAAUGUGUAAUUUUAUGCAAGAAGCUUAUCAAAAUCAGAAAGCUGGUUCAUCUAGUAAUAUGACUGUAACAACAAUUUAUUGUAAAUAUGAUGUGUUGCCACUUUCUGCCAUAGUUGGCAGUGAAAGAGCAAAUAAAAUGAUUAGUUCUAAUAAAACAGUUCACAUGAUAAUGACUGAAAUUUAGAAUUAUAAAAAUAUUUAAUUAAUAAAUUUAUUUGUGAAUUAACCCUUGUUUUUACUUAUAAGUAUAG